UUCGCACGCGCAACGCGCACCGGUGUAGUCGCGGCCGUAGCGCAGUACAAUGAUGACGCGCAUCACGUCCAGACAACGGUUGUUCCCGGCGUUCGCCGUCGUCGCGUUCCUGUUGAUCACCUCGUGGAUGACCGCGGCCACGACGGCCGGCCGGUACGUGUCCAACCUGAGCACCGGCUGCUUGCGGUGCCUGUGCCACGCGUCCACCGCGUGCAACGCGACCAUCGGCUGUUCGCGCGGCUACUGCGGCCCGUACUACUUGUACCGCGAGUACUGGAGGGACGCCGGACAGGUGGUGCUGCCGGACGACGACCCGGACAGGGACCAGGCGUUCGUGGACUGCGCGGUGGACCCGGCGUGCGCCCAGAAGGCCGUGGAGAACUACAUGGCCAAAUACGGAAGGGAUUGCAACAACGAUGGAGUGACGGACUGCGACGAUUACGCGAGGACUCACUUCAACGGUAAGGAGGACUGUUCGGCCAUCGACAGGACCAAUUUCUGGAGGCGAUACGAGACGUGCCGCCCUUCCAAAAACAGAGGAUCAUUUAACUGACGUUUUGAAAGACAAAACUACAUUAUAUACGGGAGUUUAUACACAAUAUAGUGUUAAAAUGUUAUAUAUUAUUCGCAUAUGUCGACAUUGAAAUUAAAAUGUACUAUUUA